AAUACAAAGCAAACGUCUCUGUCUAUCCUCUCUCCUUUUAAAAGGUCUCUCUCUUUACUUUCCACAACCUUCCCAACCAGAACUCUCAAAAAAGCCUUCUUUUCACCCGCCCUUUUCGGUUUUGUCCUUCCUUGUGAUUCUAUUUCUUCUUCUUCUUCUUCUUCUUCUUCUUCUUCUUCUUCUUCUUCUUCUGUCUCUAGCUAACCGGAGAAUCAAGGUAGAAGUUCAGGAGGAAAUGUGGCAGGAGCAGCCCAGUGGAUCUUCUUACAGGGAAUCCAUCAAAGGUUUAGAAGCUGAUGUACAACAUGCUAAUAGCCUAGCGGCAGCUCUCCCUAGGGGUUAUGGUGGAGAGUAUCUUCAGAUGAGAUUGACUUACAGCCCAUUUGCACCCUUCUUUGUCUUUUUAAUUGAAUGGAUGGAUUUCAGUUUUACAACCCUCCCAAGCUAUUUAGGCCUUCUCCACAUAGUCAUAUACAAGGAAUAUUUAGAUGGAAUGACAAGCAUAUCUUCCAAGGAAUGUAAAGCCACCAUUAAGGAAUUCUACGCUGUCAUAUACCCUACUCUUCAGCAACUUGAAGGUGAAUUAACAGAACUGGUGGACAAGAAUGAGAAAGGUGAAUGUCUUGAAAUUUCAGGAAGGAAGAAGGCAGAAGAGAGGUGGAAGGUUUCCAACAAGGAUCCAGAACGAGAGGAUGAAUGUGGUAUUUGUAUGGAAGCUUGCACCAAGAUGGUCUUGCCCAACUGUGGCCACGCCAUGUGCAUCAGCUGCUUUCGCGACUGGAACUCGCGGUCUCAAUCCUGCCCUUUUUGCCGAGGUAGCUUAAGAAGAGUUAAUUCAAAUGACUUAUGGGUCCUCACUGGCAAUGGUGAUGUGGUUGACACUGUGACUCUUGCAAAAGAGAACCUGAGUCGUUUCUAUCUCUACAUCGAUAACCUGCCACUUGAACUAGGUGGUGCUUUACUCGCUACAGCAUGUCGAAGAACUAGCUGGGUGCCUAUGAAGAUAUGUGACAUCUUUACUUGCUGCUGUACAUCGAAUGUUACUCGUGCACUGCAUCUGGUAUGCUUUGCGUUCAUUCUCAGCUUUUUGAGAUCCUGAGAAUUGCAGUGAUGGUGAUCAUUGAUAAGCUAUGCUUCUACUUUGUAUGAAAAGAUGUUACAAACUAUGAUAUCCCUGUAUGUUGAUAAAAUCUCAUAAUAAGAUAGUUGAUGGAAACA